UACCAAUCUCAAUCCCAACACCACCCAACAAGAUGUCUACCCAAAUAGUAGAAACCCUAGCCACGUGCCUAUCUCAACCCAACACGGCCGCCAAAAUGUCUACCCCAAGAGUUGAAACCCUAGCUGCCUCUGACCUCGACAAAAUCCCUGUCGACUACAUCCGACCGUUAUCCGAACGUGACAACCUCGGCGACGCCCUCGAUGCCAUCAAAAACUCCGACGACGGCCCUCAGAUCCCGGUAAUCGACCUCAAAGCCUUCGACGAAGACGACGAGUCGUCAUCAAAGACCGAAUGUGUUGAGGAUGUGAAGAGUGCCGCUAAAGAAUGGGGAGUUAUGCACAUUGUCAAUCAUGGGAUUUCGUCGGAGUUGAUCGAGAGAGUUCGAGCUGUCGGAAAAGGGUUUUUCGAUCUUCCAAUCGAGGUUAAGGAGACGUAUGCUAAUGAGCAGACGGAAGGGAAGAUUCAAGGGUACGGGAGUAAGUUGGCAAACACCGAGAGUGGGAAGUUGGAAUGGGAGGAUUACUUCUUUCAUCUCAUAUUUCCAAGUGAUAAGGUUGAUUUGUCCGUUUGGCCUAGAGAGCCUGCUGAAUACACUGAGGUGAUGCAAGAGUUUGCAACGCAGCUAAGGCUCGUAGCCACCAAAAUGCUCUCAAUCCUCUCCUUAGGCCUCGGCCUUGAACAAGACAAGCUAGAGAAAGAGCUUGGAGGAAUGGAAGACUUACUCCUGCAAAUGAAGAUCAACUACUACCCAAAAUGCCCUCAGCCCGACCUCGCUCUCGGCGUCGAAGCCCACACCGACGUCAGCUCCCUCUCCUUCAUCCUCCACAACGACGUCCCCGGCCUCCAGGUCUUCUACAAUAACAAAUGGGUAACAGCAAAGUUAAUACCAAAUUCUAUGAUUGUUCAUGUUGGUGAUGCGCUUGAGAUUUUGAGUAAUGGGAUCUAUAAGAGCGUUCUUCAUAGAGGAUUAGUGAAUAAAGAGAAGGUUAGGAUCUCGUGGGCGGUUUUCUGCGAGCCGCCGAAGGAUAAGGUGGUGCUCCGGCCGCUGGAGGAGGUUGUGAGCGACGAAAAUCCGGUGAAGUUUAAGCCGAGGACAUUUGAGCAGCAUCUUCGGCAGAAAUUGUUCAGGAAGGCUCAAAAUGAUUUUGAGUCUGCAAUAUGAAUGUGCGUGAAAACCAUAAUAAUUCAAUAAAUAAGAUUGGAAUAAUAUAUAUUGUCGGAGGAGAUUGGAAUACUAUAUUUUGUGUAUUAAUCCAAUAAAUAAGAUCGCUUUUGUUUUGACUU